AUGUUGACUGACUAUGGCAGCGAGACACAGUCGUUAACAGCAAGCGUAACGGAUUAUCCUAUGGAGCAUGGAAGACGAUACCAUAAAUACCAUGAAGGAUCAUACUUGUACCCGAACGAUGAACAGGAACUAGAUCGGAUGGAUAUGCAACACCACAUGCUCAAACUAGUCAACCACGGGCGCUUGUACUUCGCACCUGUCCAACGCCCAAAACGGAUCCUCGACAUUGGUACUGGUUCUGGUAUAUGGCCUAUCGAGAUUGCAUCCGACUUCCCAGAAGCCGAGAUCACAGGAACCGAUCUCUCGCCCGUUCAGCCACUUGAAGUCCCUGAGAAUGUUCACUUCCUCGUCGACGAUGCCACGGAGGAGGACUGGCUGUGGGACCCGAAUUACUUCGACUUCAUCCACACGGGGCAUCUGAUAGGAUCUCUACCGUCGUACAAGGAUCUGCUGAAGAAAACACACAAGCACCUCAAGCCGGGCGGCUAUAUGGAAUGCCACGAGUUCGACUCCCGGCUCAAAUGCGACGACGGUACGAUGCCUCCCGAGGACCCUGACAAGUUCAGCGACUAUGCCCUCCAAGAUCUCAUGGACCUGCACCACCGCUCCGGCCAGGUCUCGGACCCGCCCCGACAAUUCCGAGUGGCCCAUCGCCUCGCACGCUGGAUGCGAGAAGUCGGGUUCGAAGACGUGCAGGAACAUCGGGCUAUGGUUCCUGUGAAUCCGUGGUCAUCCGAUCCACACCUGAGGAAGAUCGGGGCCUGGAGCGAGACAAACCUGCUGGAAGCGGUCGCGGGAUGGUCUUACAAGCCGCUCGCCAUACUGGGGUGGUCGAAGCCCGAGAUCGAAGUGUUCCUGGUCGAUGUUCGGAAAAGCAUUCAAAAUCGCAACGUCCACGCCUACUACGAGUUCUAUGCAUCCUCCCUUCUCGCACAUGUCGAUUGCCUUAUGUCUUUCGGCAGACAUGCCUACAGGCAUGCUGUACAUCCAGCCUCAUCAUCGUCGGGGUUAAUCGACCACGUCUGGAUCAGCGAUGAUCUGUUGGCGUCAACCUUCCGAAGCUUCGUCAAGAGUCAACGACGCCAUGCAAGCCGCGUCCCGGGCCCAUUGGAGGCUCGACGACGGUUGGCGAAGAGAAAAAACUGCGCGCUCGCUCCAAUGACCGGUGCGCUGCCCCCGGAUCCCCAUCUGUUCGGGCGCGGAGGCCGACAACAUUUCCUGUGGAACGGCGAUCCCGCGCCGGCAUCUUCACCACUAUCUUCUCCCAAUGAUGCCACCCACUCGGUCGAACUCGAUGCUUCGCUUUCCCCGCGCGACGCUGUGGUCACUGAUCAAACCGGAUUCGUUGAGUUAAACGGCCUAUCAGAAUCGGCAGAUGAUAGCGAACUCCUCCCAUUCAAAGACAUUUUGAGGACGCGUUUGGAAACCUGCCCGUCACUCGAGGAGGUCACGAGUUUGAUAAAUGCGAUGGAUAUCAACCUUCAGCAUGAGCCGGGCUACAGUCGCAUAAUAUUCAAUCAUUACUUUUCGCGGUUUGCGCUGGGCGAAUCAAACGCCCAGGAGCUGUCUCUGUUUCUGGAUCAUCGAACACUCAAUACUCCAGGAGCCGGGAAUUUCCCAGUUGUUACAAAGUACCUUGUUCAAGCCGCGACAGACUCACAAGAGCGUGCUGUAUUGUUUGCGAGCAUUCUCAGGGCUAUCAGAGUCGGUGCGAUAGUUCCAUCUGAGCUUCUGCAGGUCAUCGGGACCUUGCAGAAGUUGUCCGAUGUGGUGGUCGCCACGACGGAUUGGCCGACAGCCGAGACACAACACAAUGGCCCAAGCGGCGUGAUGGAAGCAUACCAGAAAAUCUGCGAUGUUCUUGAUUCUACAGCCCAGGGCGGUAAAUACGAGAAUUUGGACGAGGACACAGCCAAUCUAUGGCUUGAAAUCAUCUGGGAGCGGAAUGUACUUGCUGAGUUGAGGCUGGCACACAGGAUUCUCGCUCAUGCUCGGCAUCUUCGAUCCACCUGUGCCUUCUGGGGCCCACGGUUCAUCAUCCGCUGGCUUGAACUUCCGGACGAGCUCCGGGAUGAGAUCGAUCCUUCCUUUACAACUUUACUCUUCCACAGGCUUCACUUCAAUGCAGUAGGUGCAACUAUCAUAUCGGUUACAGAGUAUUUAGUUCUGGCUCAGAAGCAGCAUCUGUUGUCCAGGUGGCAUGACUGUCUGACUUCAGUCCCCACGGUCAGAGACAUCCCUAAGGCAGAGGCGUGGGUCGACGCACGAUCGCAAAUUCCAGCAACAUCGAGUCAUUCUGGGCUGUCAGUUCAACAACGUUUUCUUCUGCGCCUUUGGGUCUUCCGUGCUCUGAACUUGAGUCAUGCAGCGGGCCCAACUCAGGAUAAAAAGCCUUACAUGAUAGGGACAAGGCAUCUUCUACAUAAUGCACCUGCACUCCCGAUUGAGAAAGGGGGGGCACGAAUGCUCAGCCUCUACCAGGCUUUCCGAACGAACUAUAAGAAGAAAGACCUCGUGAGCAGUCUUCUAGAUGACGCGCGUGAGUUGGAGCUGCCUGCCAACGGGCUCACAAUCUUGGCUCUUUCAUACCGGACCAAAAAUGCCCUCAACAAAACCACUAGGGCGGCUUUGAAAGCUUUGGAGACGUCGAAAGUCUCUUUCAGCGAUCUGUUUCGAGACAGUGAAACGCCGUACACCCUUCUUCUUCAGUUCGCACCCGCCAUAUUGAAGAUAGCGCAGGAGAUAGACAUCGAAUCACCGUUUUUCAUGGAGCGUGCCUUAGAACUGGCCAGAACGGGGAACCGGUCAGAGGUCCAACUUUUGUUUCGGAUCUUCGACUGGCAUGUUCCCCUCAAGAUCGCACUGGCGAAAGCAUGGCAGCCGCCUCCCGAUCCUUCCCAACAUGCGCUCUUGGUCUACGAGCCUCGAGACAAGAGAAAAUACCCCGACCCUCACGCUGCGCUCAAUAUGAUAAACACUGUUGCUGUGGCUCUGUCAUGCUCGCAGCAUCUCACCCCGCGGCAAUCCUAUCGAUUGGUUCAGUGGCUGUACGUCUACUUAGUAAGGCAUCAAGCACCUGUGCAACCGGUCAUUGUCCGCGCUAUGUAUCAUGCUGGCGUCGUGCGCGCUCGACAGAUGAGGGGCAUGUUCUGUGAGACGCAGUUCAAGUACAUCAUGCGCAAGGUACAAGAGGUCGAGUCGCCGGAGGUUGUGAGAGCGUUGGGAAAUCCGAAUUUCGUGUGGAGGGACGAAGGAAGUGACCAGGUUACUGGGAACUAA